AUGCCUUUCUGGGGAGAUCCAGAGAGAACCCAAACAUAUGUACACGCUACGGCUAAAAGGGGGGUGGACGACAACAAGCAGCAAAGAGACCAGCAGCCACAGAAGCCAGGAUUAGGCGAAUAUUACACCAUUAAACCCAACAAUUGCGCCGAUGGAUUAGACAGGACGCAGAAUGACCAGCAACUCUCACUAGACGGCAGCAGCCCGCCCCUUACCUUCAACUCAGGCUCCCUCCAGCUUACACCUCCCGGUUCUAUAAAAGCUGGCAAGUACAAGGCGUAUCUUUUAUCCGGCGACCGAACCGUUCUCGCUUUUCUCCAAAGCUUCGAGUACAGCCCAAUCUCAGACAGUGUGGCAUUCAGCGUCAAGACUCACUACAAGACCAAUUACGCUAGUAGUGUCAACAACAACGUCAACAUCAGGCUAGGCAAUGGUGUCUAUAUCAACACGGACUGCGCUGUCAGUAGCCUCGAAAUCCCAAGCGUCAGAAGCUGCCCGGACGGCGAAAUUCGAAUCAGCUACUGGCAGAAUGCCGAUUACAAGGGCGACUGGUACGGCUACGGCUACGGAAGCAGAAGUACCUGCCGCGGACUGUGGUCCAACGGCUGGGGCUUCAAGUCCCUAUGGGUUAUACUAUAG